AUGUCACUAACAAUCCCCCAACAACAAUCCCUCUUCAAACCAGGCUACCAAAACUACGACGCCGAAGAUGGUGCCGUCCUGCGCAACAUCGACGCCUGCCGCACCAUCGCCAACACCGUCCUCACCUCCCUCGGCCCCUACGGCCGCAACAAAAUCGUCAUCAACCACCUCCAAAAAAUGAUCCUCACCAACGACGCCGCCACCAUCCUCCGCGAACUGGACGUCGUGCACCCGGCCGCCAAACUCCUCGUAAUGGCCAGCCAGCAACAAGAAGCCGAGAUGGGUGACGCCACGAACCUGGUCAUUGUGCUGGCUGGGGAACUACUGAAGAAAGCGGAGGAUUUGUUGCGCAUGGGGUUAAAGACGGCGGAGAUCAAUGCCGGGUAUGAGCGGGCGCAGAAGGUGGCGUUGGAGACGUUGGAGGAGUUGGAGGUGGAGAGCGUGGAGAAUGUUCGGGAUCAGGCAGAACUCGCCAAGGCGUUGAAGACGGUCAUCGCGGCCAAGCAGAGUGGGAAUGAGGAGUUUUUGGCGGAUCUGGUGGCCGAGGCUGUGUUGGCGGUGUUGCCGAAGAAUCCGUAUAAUUUCAAUGUGGAUAAUAUUCGGGUGGUGAAGAUUAUGGGUGGCGCGCUGGAGCAGAGUAAAGUGGUGAAAGGGAUGGUGUUUGGGAGGCAGCCGGAUGGGAUUGUGACCAAGGCUACCAAGGCGAAGGUGGGUGUCUUCAGCUGUCCGAUCGACAUCUCGCAGACGGAGACGAAGGGCACGGUUCUGCUGAAGAAUAGCAAGGAGCUCUUCGACUUUACCAAGGGAGAGGAGAAGCAGAUGGAGAAUGCGAUCAAGGAACUUCACGACUCCGGUAUGCGUGUAGUGGUUGCGGGCGCCACAGUCGGCGAGCUGGCACUCCACUACCUCAACCGCUUCGGCCUCCUCGUCAUCAAAGUCCUGUCGAAAUUCGAGCUGCGACGCCUUUGCAGGGUCGUGGGCGCCACACCGCUUGCACGUCUAGGCGCCCCUAUGCCGGACGAGAUGGGGAACAUCGAUGUGGUAGAGACGAUGGAGAUCGGUGGCGACCGCGUAACAGUGUUCAGACAAGAAAACGAGCAGACGCGGACAGCUACUCUCGUGCUCCGAGGCGCGACACAGAACCAUCUCGACGAUGUGGAAAGAGCGGUAGACGACGGCGUCAACGUUGUUAAAGCCAUCACGCGGGAUAGUCGACUCGUGCCCGGCGCAGGAGCAUCCGAGAUGGAACUUGUGGAGCGCAUCACAGCUGUUGCGGAUAAAACGCCGGGAUUGGCACAGUAUGCUAUGAGGAAGUACGCCGAAGCGUUCGAGGUUGUCCCCAGGACGUUGGCGGAGAGUGCGGGGCUGGAUGCUACGGAGGUGCUCGCGAAGUUGUAUACGGCGCACCAGGCUCGGAUUCCGUCAUCCACAUCAGCAGCCAAACCACAGGCCAACGGGUCUUCCUCAGCAAACGGCACGUCAAGACCGCGAUCAUCGAAAGCCGCCGACGAUGAUGCCGACGACGAUGAUGCCGACGAGGAAGAAGAAGAAGAAGAAGAAGAAGAAGAAGAAGAAGAAAUCGACUGCACAGGCGUCGACGUGGAAAACUCCUCCGGCACGGGUCUACUAGAUGCCUCGGAAGAAGGGAUUCUGGAUCUCAUGUUGCCUAAGCUCUGGGCGAUCAAGCUGGCCACGGAGGCGGCGAGGACGGUGUUGAGUGUGGAUCAGAUUAUUGUGGCGAGGCAGGCGGGGGGGCCGAAGCCGCCGGGGCCGAAUGCUAAUUGGGAUGAGGACUGA